AUGUUUCGCCUAAGCAUCGCAAUCCUUGCACUCGUUGCAGCUGCUAACGCAGCUGUUCACAAUGUUACAUCGUUCGGUGCCGAUCCUACUGGAAGGCGAUCAAGUACUGAAGCUAUAGCUCUAGCUAUCAAUGCAGCUGCUGCUGAAAAUGGAGGUAUCGUCCAUUUACCUGCUGGCAGCUACUCAAAUGAGGCAUCUCCCAUUCACACCACUAAUCCGUGCCACAGGAGUGAAGAACGUAGGUAUCAGAGGAGAAGGAAUUCUCGAAGGAAACGGACCAAUUUGGUGGAACAGACUCCCUCCACCAGCAACUAG